AUGGCCUCCGAGAAAUCGGAAAGGAAAGUUACGAACGGGAGCAGCAACAAGGGAUUCUCGAGUCACGAUGCCGACGCGAUCAAGAUUGAGACGGUCUUGGGCCACAAGCAGGAGCUGGGACGGAAUUUUGAUCUUUUCAGUCUCACUGGUUUGGGAUUUAUCAUUGCCAAUGCUUGGGCCGCUACCGGCGGAACGAUUGUCGUCGCGAUCUUUAAUGGUGGCCCCAUGGCGGUGCUGUACGGAUUAAUCGUGGUCUCCAUAUUCUAUACGCUCAUCUCCGCAUCGCUAGCGGAGCUUGUCUCUGCGAUUCCGUCGGCGGGAGGUGUGUAUCACUGGGCAUCAGUCACUGCUGGCCCAAAGUACGGGCGUGUGAUUGGAUGGUUCGCAGGAUGGCUCAACAUGUGUGGCUGGCUGCUCUCGGCGUCGUCAAUAUCGUCGAUCCUCGGUAACGAGCUCGUCGCCAUGUAUCUUCUCAGCAACCCGGGUGUCGAAUGGCAUCCUUGGCAGGUGUUCAUCGCCUUUCAGAUGGUAAAUUGGAUGUGUUGCUGCAUCGUCAUCUUCGGGAAUCGAUUGCUCCCUUUCAUCAACAAAGUGUCGUUGUGGGUCUCACUUUCCGGCCUUGUCAUUUCGGUCUUGAUGCUGUCCAUCAUGCCUCGUGGGAGACAUGCCUCGAACGAGUUUGUGUGGAAGGAGUACACAGACCUGACUGGAUGGAACAAUGAUGGCAUAUGCUUCCUCCUCGGUCUGAUCAAUGCUGCCUUCGCCGUGGGCACCCCGGACUGUCAGUCUCACCUGUCCGAAGAGAUAAACGAGCCGGAAAGGAACGUCCCCAAAGGCAUAAUGUUACAGAUUGGCUCCUCCUUCGUCACCGCUUUCGUGUACCUCAUCGCUCUCUUCUACUCUAUCAACGACAUCGGCGCAGUCCUCGACUCUCCCUCCAAUUUUCCCACAGCGGAGAUAUACCGUCAAGCAACAGGUUCGACCGCCGGAGCCAUCGGCCUGACCGCUGUCCUCUUCAUAUCCACCUUCCCAACACAGAUCGGCACCCUCACCACCGGUGGCAGGACCUUCUGGGCCCUCUCCCGCGACAAUGCGGCUCCGUUCUCACCGUUCUUCCACCACAUCUCACCCACCUUCGGCUCUCCGCUGCGCGCCACCAUCGCUGUCUCGGGAGUAACAACCUGCAUGGGCUGUCUCUACAUCGGCUCAACCACAGCCUUCUCCGCGUUGAUCACCUCCUACAUCGUCCUCUCAACGCUAUCCUACGCAGCAGCGAUCCUGCCACACGUCCUAACCAAGCGCCGCACCAUCGUUCCGGGGCCUUUCCACCUUGGGAGGUGGGGCUGGCCGAUCAAUAUCGCUUCGUUGGUGUACAUUGCCGCCACCGUGGUGCUCUUCUGCUUUCCCUUCGUGAUACCUGCUACUGUGCAGAACAUGAACUAUACUUCCGUCACCACCGGUGGGUUGAUCUUCUUGGUCACGGUGUGGUGGUUCGUGCACGGGAAGGGGAGAUAUCAAGGUCCCAAGUAUUUUAAAGAGGCGGCGGAAGCAUUGCUAGUGCCAGAAACGGAGGCUGGGAAGAUUCAAAGUUAG